AUGGCGCCGGACCGGGUCGAGGCGAGCCCGUCCGCGCUUGACAACAGCCAGAGACUGAGCACCAUCGGCGUCUCAUUAGACGCUCCCGACUCCGGUCAGUCAGCCGCAGAGAGCCGACAGCUCUGUUACCGCCGGAGCCUUCAAAUAUCUCCCGCGAGAAAAGGAACCACCGCGAGACAACCGCGAGAACAGGGCCGCCUCCGGGCUUCGCGCGUGCGCAGAGGGCCGAGCCGGCCCUCUUCCGGUUGCAAGUGGGAUGGGUUUCUCUGGAUGCGGAAGCGAGGCCGGAAGUGGUGUUUAGUAGGGAAUGGGGGGCGAGAUACACUGGCGGUCGGCACGUUCGGCGGGAGGCUCGUGGCGCUGGGCUGGAGAUCAAGGAUGCAUUCCAAGAAAGCUCUAAAGAUAUAUCACCAGCUCCAGCCAUGUAGUUGA